GUCUGCUCUUCCCAUCUCCCACCCACCAGCAAGCAGACCAGACCCCAAGAUGACGGAUGCAUCGUUGGUGGAGAAGGCGCUCAAGGAGUACACCAAGGGUACCAAAGCCUACUUUCCCGAUGAGGCCGAGGGCUGGAUUGUAGCCACGGUCACUUCCAAGUCCAUCGAGGGCGACCAGCUCCGACUCACCUUCAAUGUCGACCAGCGCAACAAAAACAUCAAUUUGGACUGGAGCCUUGCCAAGCUCCAGGCCAGCAACUUUGCUGAUCUCCCGCCUCUCAAGAACCCUCCCAUGCUGGAAGGAACAGAUGAUUUGGCUACUCUCUCGUAUCUCCAUGAAGCCGCUGUUCUCCAUGGCAUCAAGACACGAUACCUGCAGGAGCAGAUCUACACCUACUCGGGAAUUGUUUUGAUUGCCAUGAAUCCCUUCCAGCGCCUCUCCCUCUACAGCCCCGACAUCAUGAGGGAGUACUCGGGCAAGGACCGUGGCGAGCUCGAGCCCCAUCUGUAUGCUGUUGCCGAGGAUGCAUACAGAACACUGAUCAAGGAGGCCCGCAACCAGUCCAUCAUCGUCAGUGGUGAAUCUGGCGCCGGAAAGACUCAGAGCGCCAAGUACAUCAUGCGGUACUUUGCCACUGUCGACAACCUCGGCAAUUACAACUCGCACGAAGCUGCCCCUGUCGCCACCACCAUCAGCGAGGUCGAAGAGGCUGUUUUGGCGACCAACCCGAUCUUGGAAGCUUUCGGCAACUCCAAAACCACGCGUAACGACAACAGUUCUCGCUUUGGUAAAUACAUCGAGGUUCUCUUCUCCAACAACGACAAGUCCUCGCCCCGGAAGGGCGUGCACAUUGUCGGUGCCAAGAUCCGAACCUACCUCCUCGAACGCUCUCGUCUGAUCUUCCAGCCCGCCACCGAGCGCAACUACCACAUCUUUUAUCAGCUCUGCGCUGCCGCCCCUGCCGCCGAGAAGAAGGAGCUUGGCCUUACCGGCUGGGACAGCUUCUUCUACCUCAAGCAAGGUGGAACCGGCACCGUCCCUGGGUUUGAUGACGUUGCUGAAUUCGCCAACACCCAGAAGGCGCUCUCGAUCAUCGGCAUCUCGGUCUCGCAGCAGUGGGACAUCUUCCGCAUCUGCGCGGCUCUGCUGCACAUCGGCAACAUCGAGAUCAAGACCUUCCGCGACGAAGCCAGCGUUGACGACAACGACCCUGCCCUCGCCAUGGCCUCAAAGCUUCUUGGCGUCGACAAGGCGACUUUCAAAAAGUGGAUCGUCAAGAAGCAGAUCAUCACCCGCUCCGAGAAGAUUGUCUCGAGCCUGAACCAGUACCAGGCCACCGUCGCUAGAGACUCUGUUGCCAAGUUUGUCUACAGCAUGCUCUUUGACUGGAUCGUGCGUCUGAUCAACAAAAACCUCGCCAAGGACGGCCAGGCCUACAACUCCUUUAUCGGCGUGCUCGAUAUCUAUGGUUUCGAGCACUUCAAGAAGAAUUCGUUCGAGCAGUUCUGUAUUAACUACGCCAACGAGAAGCUUCAGCAAGAGUUCAACGCCCACGUCUUCCGCCUGGAGCAGGAGAUCUACGUCCAGGAAAAGAUCAACUGGUCGUUCAUCGACUUCAACGAUAACCAGCCCUGCAUUGACAUGAUCGAGAACAAGCUCGGUAUCCUCGAUCUUCUCGACGAAGAGUCGCGCCUGCCCUCCGGCGCCGACGCCUCCUUGGUCACCAAGCUCUACCAGCGCUUCGCCGUCCCCACGCAAAAGUUCUUUGAGAAGCCCAAGUUUGGCCAAAAGGCCUUCACCAUCAAGCACUACGCUUGCGAUGUCACCUACGACAUCGAUGGCUUCAUCGAGAAGAACAAGGACACCGUUGCUGACGAGCAGCUGGCGACCUUGAACAGCAGCGAGUUUGCCUUCCUGCGCGAGGUUGUCGCUAUCGAGGCCACCCCCGAGCCCGAGCCCACUCCCAACCGCCCUGUCCGCGGCGGCGCCCUCAAGAAGCCCACGCUGGGCUCGAUCUUCAAGGCCUCCCUUGUCCAGCUCAUGGAGACCAUCCGAUCGACCCAGGUCCACUACAUUCGCUGCAUCAAGCCCAACUCAACCAAGACCCCCUUUGGCUUUGAGCCCCAGAUGGUCCUGCAGCAGCUCCGUGCCUGCGGUGUUCUCGAGACCAUCCGCAUCUCCUGCGCCGGCUACCCGUCCAAGUACACCUUCCAGGAGUUUGCCGACCGCUACUACCCGCUGGUAGCCUCGAACCAGUGGAACAACGACUCCAGACAGCUCACCGAGAUCAUUGUCACCCAUCGCAUCACCGAUCUCGACAAGUAUCAACUGGGUCUCACCAAGAUCUUUUUCCGCGCCGGCCAGAUCGCCAUCCUCGAGAAGCUCCGUACCGAGCGCAUCCGCUACUGCGUGGUGCUGAUCCAGAAGAACAUCAAAAAGUUCAUCUAUCAGCGCAGCUACGUCCGCACCCGCGCGGCCGCCAUCCAGGUCCAGACCGCCCUUCGUGCUUGGUCUGCUCGCCAGCAGAUGGUCGCCAUCCGCGAGAACCUGGCUGCCAUCAAGCUACAGGCUGCUAUCCGCGAAUACCUCGCUCGGUCCAAGUAUGUCGAGCUCCGCACCGCUGCCACCGUGAUCCAGGGCGCCCUCCGCCUGGUCAAUGCCCAGAAGGAGUUCCACUUCUUGCGAAUCACCUCGGCCGCGGUCCGCAUCCAGAAGGUCUUCCGCGGCUACUCUGCUCGCAAGACCUACAAAUACGAGGUGGCCGCGAUCGUGUUGCUGCAGUCGUACGUCCGUCGCCUGGCUCCGGUCAAGGAGUUCAGCCAGCUCAAGCAGGAGGCCAAGUCGGUUGGCAAGCUGAAGGAGAUCAACUACCGCCUCGAAGGCAAGGUCGUGGAGCUCUCGCAGGCUCUCAAGGAACAGGAGCUUGGCAACAAGCUCAUGUCCGAGGAAAUCAGCCACCUCAAGACCCAGGUUGGCCUCUGGAAGGAAAAGUUCUCAAAGUCCGACCUCAGCAACAAAGCCGUCAAGACCGAAUACGUCGACACCUCGACCGAGCUCAAGAAAGAGCUCCAGUCCGUCACCGAGGCCAAGGAGGCCCUCGUCCGUGAGCGCGAGCGGGACCAGACCCUCAUCAAGAAACAGAGCGAGGAUAUUCGCAAGUUUGAGCUGGAUCUCGAGAAGCACAAGGAAGAGCUCACAAAAUUGCGCGACGAGCUCAAGACCACCACCAAGGGCGAGGACCCCGCUGUCGUCAUGGGCCUGCGCAAGGAAGUCAGCUCUCUGCGCGAGCAGAUGGCGCGUCUGAUUGCCGGCAAGUGGCGAAGCGACCGUGUCGCCGACAGCCAGCUCGUCUCCAAUGAUGGCGACAGCUGGGCCUACAGCAGCUACGACGGGCUUGGAGAGGCCCAGCCCCAGCCCCGCCUCCGCACGCCGUCCUCGUACCUCGAAAGCCCCGACUCGCUCGAACGUCGCCGCACGCCUGCGCCCAGCGCCCGAACCAUCGUCGCCGAUUCUCCUGAAACCGAGCGCUCCAUCCGUAUCCUCGAGGACAAGGCCUUGGAGGAUGAAAUCCUCGACUCGCUCGUGACCAACCUGCGCAUCCCGCUGCCCAGCACCCAGACCGUUGCCACCCGCAGCGAGAUUUUCUUCCCGUCGCAUCUCAUCGGUCUGGUUGCUACCCAGCUGGCGCACUUUGGCCUUGCCCAGCGUCUGCAAGUCGUGAUGGGCAACACACUCAAAGCCAUCCAGGGCCUCACCACGCGCUUCGAGGACGACUAUGUGUCUGCCUUCUGGCUCUCCAACUGCCAUGAGCUUCUGUGCAUCCUCAACACCCCCGACAUGCGCAACCAGGGCUUCUCGCUUGACCUGGUCCGCGGCCUCGAGAGCAUCCAGAAGCAGCUCGAAUACAUCGUCAAGGAGGUGUACUCGAGCUGGAUCAAAGAGCUGCGCAAGCGCCUGGACAACACCAUCAUCCCCGCCAUCAUCGAGACCCAGUCGUUGCCGGGAUACGUCUGCAAGCAGUCCGGCAACCUCCAGGGUAGCUCGGGCAAGUUCUCCAAGGUCGGCGGCUUCACAACGGAGCAGCUGCUCAACUUCCUGAGCAAGCUCAGCAAGACAAUGAAGUGCUACUACCUCAGCGACAGCAUCACCCAGCAAAUCCUCUCGGAGCUUAUCCGCGUCAUCGGCGUCACUGCCUUCAACCACCUGCUCAUGCGCCGUAACUUUUGCACUUGGAAGCGCGGCGUCCAGAUCCAGUACAACAUCUCUCGUCUCGAGGAAUGGUGCACGGGCCAGAACAUUCCCGAAGCCGCCAAGUAUCUGCAGCACAUCCUGCAGGCUGCCAAGCUGCUGACCCUCAACAAGUCCUCGGCCAAGGACAUCGAGGCCAUUCUUGAGAACUGCCCCGAUCUGAAUGCCACCCAGAUCAAGAAGCUGCUUUCGCUCUACUAUGCUGCCGACUUUGACUCGCCGCUGUCCCCCGAGCUUCUCAAGGUCGUCUCGUCCCGUGCCAGCUUGAACGAAAAGUCGGAUGUCCUGCUGCUCGAUCUCGAGAAGGUGUCCGAAUUCAACAAGCCGAGCAUGCGCCAUAUCGAGGCCAUCGACAAGUUUGUCCCAUCUUGGAUGAACCUGCCCUGCCUUGCAGCCGUCACGACUCUUGCGCAGUAGAGGCGGCUCCAUACCUUUGGCACCGUCCUUUCCUCCCGUCCUCGUUUCGUUGUGUCGCUCCGAGGGCUGUCCUUGUGUCGUAGCUCCAUCCCCCAAGUCAUUCUCUAUCGUUUUCGGCCCUGUGCCUUCUUUCAUCGCAGUGGCUCCGUCCAGUAAAUGUUUCCUUGUUUUCAAUGCUUUGGGUAGACGAUGAAUUCUCUCUCAGCUAGAGUCCCCAUCCAUCUGGCCAGUAAGAUCGUGGUUAGCUUGUAUCAAUACAGUGUUGUGCUUGACGAAACGAUGGGACACAUUGUCUCAUGCGGACAAACACGGUGUAGUCGGAUCACAUCACAAGUGGGUCAAAUC